AUGGUCGUCAAUAAUACUUCAAAAAGCAGAGCAGCGGCGCCGCUGGACAGACGCAUGGACUCGCUGGAACAUCCGCGGUUACAACAAUCUCAAGGCAAAGGAGCUCGAAGAAAAGGCAGAUUUAAGGGUUCAGAUGGCAGCACCUCCUCCGACACCACAACCAACAGCCUCGUGCGUCAGGGUUCGGCCGACUCCUACACCAGCCGUCCAUCAGACUCCGAUGUGUCCCUCGAGGAGGAUAAGGAGGCAGUGCGCAGAGAGGCAGAGCGACAGGCUCAGGCACAGAUCGACAAGGCCAAGACCAAACCAGUUGCAUUUGCUGUUCGCACAAAUGUCAACUACAGUCCGUGUCACGAUGACGACGUCCCCGUGCCGGGCAUGGCCGUGUCCUUUGAGGCUAAAGACUUCCUCCACGUCAAAGAGAAAUUCAACAACGACUGGUGGAUAGGACGCCUGGUGAAGGAAGGCUGUGAAAUCGGUUUCAUCCCCAGUCCAGUGAAGCUUGAAAACACUCGUAUCCUCCAGGAGCAGAGGUCCAAACAGGGCAAGUUCCACUCCAGUAAAUUGGGAGCAAACUCAUCCUCUAGUUUAGGUGAAGUGGUUCCUAACUCACGAAAAUCUACACCUCCUUCGUCUGCCAUUGACAUAGACGCCACAGACUUAGACCCCGAGGACAAUGAGCUUCCGGUCAACCUGCGCUCCCCUAAAGCCAGUCCAAACACUGUCAUGUCACCACUAGCAAAAGAGAAACGAAUGCCCUUCUUUAAGAAGGCGGAACACAUUCCUCCGUACGAUGUUGUGCCUUCUAUGCGGCCCGUGGUUUUGGUUGGACCGUCACUGAAGGGCUACGAGGUGACAGACAUGAUGCAAAAAGCACUGUUUGACUUUUUGAAACACAGAUUCGAGGGAAGGAUAUCGAUCACUCGCGUCACGGCGGACAUCUCUCUGGCCAAACGCUCAGUCCUGAACAAUCCCAGCAAGCACGCCAUCAUCGAGCGCUCCAACACGCGCUCAAACUUGGCUGAAGUCCAGAGUGAGAUCGAGAGGAUCUUCGAACUGGCCCGGACGUUACAGCUCGUAGUCCUGGACGCCGACACCAUCAACCACCCAUCACAGCUGGGGAAGACGUCCCUCGCCCCCAUCAUCGUCUACGUCAAGAUCACCUCCCCCAAGGUGCUGCAGAGGCUCAUCAAGUCCAGAGGCAAGUCCCAGGCCAAACACCUCAAUGUCCAGAUGGUGGCCGCCGACAAGCUGGCUCAGUGCCCUCCUGAGAUGUUUGACAUCAUCCUGGAUGAGAACCAGCUGGAGGAUGCAUGUGAGCACAUGGCUGAUUACCUGGAGGCCUACUGGAAAAGCACUCACCCCACCAGCUGCAACCCCCCCAACCCACUGCUAACCAAGCUGCCCACAGCCACCCUGCCCUCCAGUCCAGCGCCGGUGUCCGGCGUGCAGGGUGGCAUUGCAGAGCAGAAAGGAGAGAAGGCAUUAGUGGAGAGAAAGGGCUCCAGAGAUGAUCACCAGCACCAUCAUCACCAUCACCACCACCACCAGGACCAGGACCAGGCUGACGCUGAUGCAGAGCCCGAGGGGGAGGGCAAUGAGGAGGAGCGGCCUCUGAGGACCGAGGCCUCCAGGAGAGCUCCGCACAUCCACCACCGUUCGUCUUCCACCCGGACUGAGCACCACAACCACCAUCACCACCACAACACUCGAGGGCGGGGCCUCUCCCGCGAGGAGACUUUGGACUCGGAGACCCCCGAGAGCCGAGAGAGCCGAGAGAGCCGAGAGAGCAAGGACUCUGCGUAUAAUGAGCCGCGCACUCAGCUCCACCACCAGGAACAGGAGGAGGAGGAGGAAGAAGAGGAGGAGGAGGAGGAGGAGGAAGAGGAGGAGGAUCUAGGGGAGGGGCAUCCCCAGCAGCAACAGCGUUACGAGCCACUGCCCCACCGGGACCACAACCACCAUCACCACCACCACCACCACCGCGGUGGGGCGGACGAGGCCGGCCACAGCGCGGGACACCACCGCUCGAAGGAGCGCGAACAGGACCAUAACGAACGGAACAAGCAGCGCUCGCACCACCACCGGCCGGUACGCGACCACCACCACCACUACUACGACCGGGACAGAGACAGGGACCGAGAGGGGGAGGUGGCUCCCAAAAAGAGGGGCGAGGCGGGGGAAUGGGCCCGAGACUCCUACAUCCACCAGUGACGGACCAAAUCCCUCCCGAAGCUCAUUUGGACUCUCAGCCGUUCUGUUCUCCCAUCGUGCUGCUAUACCCCGAAACCACAGCAUCCUAUUUAUGUACACUUCCUUUGUAAAUGCUGUUGCAUCUUUUUCAAUGGCAGGAUUUUUGAUUACAUAGAUACAAAUAUAAAUAUAUGUAUGUGUGUAUCUAUGCAUAGACGUUGUUUAUGUGUGGAUAUGCAUGAAUAUUCUCAAAUAUGCAUAUUUUAAACCUGUGUUUGAUAAAGCAUGACACAAAAGCAGAAUUUUUUUUUUCUGUACUGAGCUGUGCUUUCUGUGAUUAGCAAUUUUUAUUUUGUAUUUUUAUUAAUUUUGCUUGCUACCACUUGAAUAAUUUGUUCCUUCAGACUACUGCUAGGGUUGACUGCAACGGUUGACUAAAAGUUCGAGGCUGUAUAUUGCAGCGGUCUUUUGUUUAGAAGUUGUAGUUUUGUCAAUUUGGGAAAUACGCUUGUUCGCUGUCUUGCUGACCAGUUUAUUAGGUACACCUAGCUCAAAUAAUGCAGUCCAAAACAACAGUCCCACCCUCUUGACAGUUGUAAUGUUGAGCUGUUGAAUUCUACUGUGUUGUUGUAUUGGAAGGUGUUUCUAUUAUUCUGUCCACCCCCAUUGGUAUGCAUGAUAGUGGUCUAAACAACAGGAACCUGAAUAACUGCCAACUGAGUCUAGAUUAGGAGAUCAAUAACACUCAAAUAUGACGCUGCAGCUAU